GGAACGGUGGUGUGGUGACUUAAUCAGUCUCUUUCAGUCUCUCUUUCGGUCGGGAGGAUCUGGACCUUACAGGGUGCGCAAGUCGAUCACUUUCUCACUUCUCUCAGUAUCUGAGCCGUACAGGUGUUGUUAUCAUUAUUAGGCACCGAUCGCACCCCAAGCUUCGACCUGGUCGCAACUGGUCUGGAUAAAUAAGCAUGUCAUCCAAGAACACCCUCGUCUUCAAAACGCUCUAUGAUCCGCUGGUCCACAAGGGAAUACCGGCAACUCUCGACGUGGUCUUGAUCCACGGUCUGAACGGCGACUACCUCAAGACAUGGCUGCACUCCGCAACCGGAGUAUGCUGGCCGAGGGACUUGCUGCCAGCAGUACUGCCGAGUGCCCGGGUGUUGUCCUUUACAUACAGUGCCGACAUUUACGGAAAUACGUCUGUCACCGGGAUCAGGGGCAAUGCUAACGCGCUGUUGGCGAGGCUCCGCGACCGACGUGAACGGGCGGACGGCAGGCCAAUUGUCUUUGUUGCUCACAGCCUAGGAGGCAUCAUUUUGAAGCAGGCCCUGUAUCUGUCUCAGCAUGACCGUCGUUUCCACGGACUGCUCGACGCAACACGCGGCUUGAUUUUCUAUGGAACACCACAUUUCGGGGCGGACCGCUCUCGGUGGCUAUCCAUGGCCAAAUCGUUCGCACCCCUCCUGCCUCGCAGAUUCGCUGGGAUGAGAAAAGCUAAAGCUUCCAACCUUGUCGACGCCUUGGCCCGGAGCUCUUUGGAGAUCUCCAACAUCUGCGAAGACUUCCGCUUCCUGGCGCGCAGGUUUGUUCUUGUGAGCUUCUAUGAGACGGAAGUGUGGCCGGGCACCACAAGUGCUCCCAUCGUCGACAUGAUGAGCGCGCUCAUGCACCUGGACAAUGAGGAACGGGUCCCGCUGGAGGCAAAUCACAUGGAUCUCUGCCGAUUCAUGGGCCCCGAAGAUGCCGGAUUCCAGUUGACGUGCCGUUACAUCGCCCAGGCAGCGCUGGGCCUCGGCCAUGGCAGGGGUGACCGUUGGGGGAUUCUGGUAUCAGGAGAUGCUCAGUCAAUGUACAUACCUAAGUGCAAGUAAAGCUAAAAGAGCCAACCGUGGAACGCGAUGGACCGAUGAUGAUGC